ACAGAGAGCAGAGAGCGGACCCGAAACACAAGAGAACCCCCCAGCUUCUACCUGUUCCUCACUCGCCUCAGAGAGUCUACAUGUCUGGUGGCAUCUAGUCAUGUUCAGCUUUGUGGAUUUGCGGCUGGCGCUGCUGCUCGGCGCGGCGGUGCUGGUGGUCCGGGCGCAGGGCGAGGACGACCGCACCGGCGGGAGCUGCACCCUGGACGGACAAGUGUUUGCGGACCGGGACGUGUGGAAGCCCGAGCCGUGCCAGAUCUGUGUGUGCGACAGCGGCACGGUGAUGUGCGACGAGGUCAUCUGCGAGGACACAACGGACUGCCCCAACCCCAUCAUCCCCCACGACGAGUGCUGCCCCAUCUGCCCCGACGACGGCUUCAUGGAGCCUCAGGUCGAGGGACCCAAGGGAGACCGUGGACCCAAGGGAGAGAGGGGUAUGUCCGGUCCUGCUGGUAACGAUGGUAACCCCGGCCAGCCCGGUUAUCCCGGACCUCCCGGCCCCCCUGGACCCCCCGGCCUCGGUGGAAACUUCUCCCCUCAGAUGUCUGGUGGCUACCACGAUAAGUCUGGAUCUUCCAUGCCAGUUCCUGGCCCAAUGGGCCCAAUGGGACCCCGCGGAGCCCCCGGGUCUCCCGGAUCAAGCGGACCUCAGGGAUUCACCGGCCCACCUGGUGAGCCUGGAGAGGCUGGAGCUGCUGGUUCCUUGGGUCCCCGUGGCGCCGCCGGCCCCUCUGGAAAGAACGGAGAAGAUGGCGAGUCUGGCAAACCUGGUCGUGGUGGUGAGCGUGGACCUUCCGGCCCACAGGGAGCUCGUGGUUUCCCAGGAACCCCCGGUCUGCCCGGCAUCAAGGGACACAGAGGAUUCAGUGGACUGGAUGGUGCCAAGGGAGACAAUGGCCCCUCCGGCCCCAAGGGAGAGUCUGGUGCCUCCGGUGAGAAUGGAACCCCAGGCGUCAUGGGACCACGCGGUCUGCCCGGCGAGAGAGGUCGCAACGGAGCUUCUGGAACUGCUGGAGCUCGUGGUAACGAUGGUUCCGCUGGUUCCGCCGGACCUCCCGGUCCCUCUGGCCCCGCUGGACCUUCCGGAUUCCCCGGUGGCCCAGGAUCAAAGGGUGAAGCUGGACCUCAGGGUUCACGUGGAUCCGAAGGACCCGCUGGAUCCCGUGGUGAGUCCGGUAACCCCGGACCCGCCGGCCCCGCAGGAGCCACAGGAAACUCUGGGUCUGAUGGAGCAGCCGGAGUCAAGGGAACCCCCGGCUCUGCCGGAGUUGCUGGCGCUCCCGGUUUCCCCGGACCACGCGGACCCCCAGGACCUCAGGGAGCCGGCGGUGCAUCCGGAGCCAAGGGAAACACUGGUGAUCUCGGAGCCCCAGGAGCCAAGGGAGAGGCCGGUGCCAAGGGAGAGGCUGGCGUCGCCGGAGUUCUCGGAGCCCCAGGAUCAUCUGGUGAGGAAGGCAAGCGAGGAUCCAGAGGAGAGCCCGGUGUGGCAGGAGGCCGAGGAGCUCCCGGAGAGAGGGGGGGCCCCGGAGGUCGUGGAUUCCCUGGAUCUGAUGGCCCCGCUGGAGCCAAAGGAGCCAACGGAGAGCGCGGUGCCCCUGGUGCUCUUGGACCUAAAGGUUCAACCGGCGAGUCUGGCCGCACUGGUGAGGCUGGUUUGCCCGGAGCUAAGGGUAUGACCGGUAGCCCCGGCAGCCCUGGACCUGAUGGCAAGCUCGGACCCGCUGGAGCCACUGGACAAGAUGGCCGCCCCGGACCCCCUGGUGUUGUUGGAGCUAGAGGCCAGCCUGGAGUCAUGGGAUUCCCCGGACCCAAGGGAGCUGCUGGUGAGGGUGGAAAGUCUGGCGAGAGAGGAGUCAUGGGACCCACUGGCCCACUUGGCGCCCCUGGAAAGGACGGUGACGUUGGCGCUCAAGGCUCCUCUGGACCUGCCGGUCCUUCUGGUGAGAGAGGAGAACAAGGACCUGGCGGACCUCCUGGAUUCCAGGGUCUCCCAGGACCCCAGGGUUCCCAUGGUGAGAGCGGCAAGCCCGGAGAGCAGGGUGUGCCUGGUGAGGCUGGAGUAUCUGGACCUGCUGGGAAUAGAGGUGACAGAGGAUUCCCCGGUGAGCGCGGUUCAUCUGGUGCCGUUGGACCUGCUGGAGUCCGUGGAUCCAUCGGAUCUGCUGGAAAUGAAGGCGCUAAGGGAGAUUCUGGAGCACCCGGUUCUUCCGGAGCCCAGGGUCCUCCUGGACUGCAGGGAAUGCCCGGUGAGCGUGGAGCUGCCGGCCUUCCAGGACUGAGGGGAGGCAGAGGUGACCAAGGAGGCAAGGGUGGUGGUGGAGCUCCUGGUAAGGAUGGCCCCCGUGGUUUGACUGGACCAAUUGGACUUCCCGGAUCCGCUGGUUCCACCGGAGACAAGGGAGAGUCUGGCCCCGGCGGAACUGUCGGCGCUGCCGGAGCUCGCGGAGGCCCUGGUGAGCGUGGAGAGUCUGGCCCACCUGGACCUGCUGGAUUCGCUGGACCUCCCGGUGCUGAUGGACAGCCUGGUGCCAAGGGAGAGUCUGGAGAUAACGGUGCUAAGGGAGAUGCUGGUCAAGCCGGCGUUGGUGGACCCACUGGUGCCCCUGGACCUCAGGGUCCCAAUGGAAACACUGGCCCCAAGGGAGUCCGCGGAGCCGCUGGACCUGCUGGUGCUACUGGCUUCCCUGGAGCUGCUGGCAGAGUCGGACCUCCCGGCCCCUCUGGCAACUCUGGACCUCCCGGACCCUCUGGACCAGCUGGCAAAGAGGGACUCAAGGGAAACCGUGGUGAGACCGGAUCUUCUGGUCGCUCUGGUGAGAUGGGUGUUGCUGGAGUCCCAGGACCUGCUGGAGAGAAGGGUGGUGCCGGUAACGAGGGACCUUCCGGAGCUCCUGGUAUUUCCGGCCCUUCAGGUAUUUCUGGACAGCGUGGUAUUGUUGGUCUGCCUGGACAGAGAGGAGAGAGAGGUUUCCCUGGCAUGUCCGGACCUUCCGGAGAGGUUGGAAAGUCUGGAGCAUCUGGCCCCGGUGGUGAGCGUGGACCUCCCGGACCCAGUGGACCCCCUGGACUGGGUGGAGCCCCUGGUGAGGCUGGACGUGAGGGAAGCCCCGGAAAUGAGGGAUCUUCUGGUCGCGAUGGACCUGCUGGACCCAAGGGAGGCCGUGGUGAGAGUGGCCCAUCUGGAGCCUCCGGUGCCCCUGGACCCUCUGGUGCCCCUGGACCCGUUGGACCCGCUGGAAAGAACGGUGACCGUGGAGAGACUGGACCUGGUGGCCCUGCUGGCUCUGCUGGCCCUGCUGGACCUCGUGGCCCUGGGGGAGCUCCUGGACUUCGUGGAGACAAGGGAGAGAGUGGUGAGGCUGGAGAGAGAGGCAUGAAGGGACACAGAGGAUUCACCGGCAUGCAGGGAUCUCCUGGAGCACCUGGAUCGAACGGAGAACAAGGACCCGCUGGCUCUGCUGGACCCGCUGGACCUAGGGGCCCCUCUGGAUCUGCUGGAUCCACUGGUAAGGACGGUAUGACUGGCCUGCCUGGACCCAGUGGACCUCCUGGACCUCGUGGUCGUUCUGGAGAGAUGGGACCUGCUGGUCCUCCCGGUCUUACCGGACCUGCUGGAGCACCUGGUGCCCCCGGUGGCGGCUUUGACCUUGGCUUCAUUUCCCAGCCUCGUGAGAAGGCCCCGGAUCCCUUCCGUAUGUUCCGCGCUGAUGACGCUAACGUUCUCCGCGACCGCGACCUGGAGGUGGACGGCACCCUGAAGAGCCUGAGCCAGCAGAUCGAGCAGAUCCGCAGCCCUGACGGAACCCGCAAGAAUCCUGCCAGAACCUGCCGCGACCUCAAGAUGUGCCACCCUGAAUGGAAGAGCGGCCAGUACUGGAUCGACCCAGACCAGGGCUGCACUCAUGACGCCAUCAAGGUCUACUGCAACAUGGAGACCGGAGAGACCUGCGUAACAGCAACUCAGCCCGAGGUCGCCAACAAGAACUGGUACACAAGCAAGAACAUCAAGGAGAAGAAGCACGUCUGGUUCGGAGAGGCAAUGGCUGAUGGCUUCCAGUUCGAGUACGGAAGCGAGGGCUCCAAACCAGAGGAUGUCAACAUCCAGCUGACCUUCCUGCGUCUUAUGUCCACUGAGGCGACCCAGAACAUCACCUACCACUGCAAGAACAGCAUCGCCUACAUGGACGCCACCGUCGGCAACCUCAAGAAGGCCCUGCUCCUCCAGGGCUCCAACGAGAUCGAGAUCAGAGCUGAGGGCAACAGCCGAUUCACCUACAGUGUCCUGGAAGACGGAUGCACGUCACACACCGGUACAUGGGGCAAGACAGUCAUCGACUACAAGACAUCGAAAACAUCUCGCCUGCCCAUCAUUGACAUCGCUCCUAUGGACGUUGGUGCUCCAGACCAAGAGUUUGGCCUUGAAGUUGGACCCGUCUGUUUCUUGUAAAAAGAUAAAUCUGGACUUGAAAUUGUUGUUGUAUGUGUGUGUGUGUUUUUUAUUUUUUUUCUAGCAGUCAUCUCUCUCAAAAAAAAAAAAGCCCACCAAAACAUUUCUCUAAUGCCAUUUUUUCUGAAAAAUCUGACCCCUUCGCUCCCGAUUCUUCCGAAUUUCCAUUCGGCCAUUGUUCCGAUGGUCCACUUUGCCUAAAACCUGCACUUCAACAAGAUGCCGACGAUUCGGCGGAAUCUGCAUCGUCGCGUUUGGGACCACUACUUUUUUUUGUUCUUCAUUUCUGACUUGGUUUUUUUCCGUUUUGUUUUUACCAUCACCAACACCAAAGGAUCCUGUCGAGAAGACAUUUUGUUUCACUGGCAACAAGAAAAUAAUAUAUGCUUCUGUAAAGUGUAAAAAAAAAAAUUUGACUCCCACUCUUCAUGCAGCCAUACCAGGCCUCUCUGGAGUUUACAGAAACACACAGAUGACUUUUGUAUUUUGAGACACCACUGUGGCACGAGGAAUGAACGGACAGUCCCCAACAGACACAACCCGAUUGCUUUGUACCACGUUUCAGGUGUUGAUGAAUAAACGGUGAAACUGACAGCCAUGUUUGUCUCUGUUGUUCUGCCCCCUACCCUCAACCUACAGACAACACUGACAGUUCCCCACUCCUCGUCCGCUGAUUGCUUGGCUGUUGUGAUUUGUUUGUUGUUGCUUUCUUGUUUGUUCCUUUCUAUUACUCCUUUUUUUUUUUUUUUUUUUGGAAAGAAAGAAAAAAGUCACAUUAAAACCACCAGCAGAGAAACAUGGGUUCCAACCUCUUUUUUGAAGAAAAAACAAAACAAUCCUAUGGCUACCUCAGAAAUGCAAGGAGUAUCAGCUUCACAUAGAAUACAAGGGGGCCCAGUGUUUGUGAAGGGGAGCCUCGGGGAGGGGGGGGAGUCCACUUUUACCAACGCUUUAGCAGAAGCAGCUCAGACUUCAGGUGCUCUUGUUUCUUUGAGGUGUCCGGCUGUCGGCGGUGCAGUGUGACGGUCAGGGGGGCCUCUUGGUGCUAGAACAAAAGCACCGGUUGUUUCUUCUCUCUUGGGGCCCAGAAUGAGACUUCAUCUUCUCUCUGAGUUCAAAGUGAAGUGUGGAUCCACGUCUCUUCUUUUCUAACUUUUUGGUUCAUUGUUUUUAAAUCCCCACCUCCACCUCUCCUCCCCCUUUCAUUCACACGUCUGUCGUUUCUUGUUUUCAUGUGCGACGGGUGAAUUUUCACAAAAGAUGCCAAAUUGGAGAUUUGAGUUCAUUUGUUCAAACGAUGCCCAGAAAGAGAGCCGUCAGGAAGGAGUUUGUGACAUAAUGCAGACAGAGACACCCAUGGGGGACACGCCACAACCAUCUGUACCUAUUUUGUAUAUGUAUAAUAAAUUGAGAUGUUUUUAAUUAUUUUGAAUGCUGAAAUAAAGCACGUGGUCUGACA